CUGUUAAUGUUAGGUUAAGUGUGCUUUUUUUUUGUUUUUUCUAUUUUGUUACGUUUUUGGAGCAAUGUUAAGGAGAUUACGCCAAAUAGCAAAAGUUGCCGAAUCUGUUUUAAGUACUUCGUCUGUGGUAAUUAGAGCACGAGAGAAUGUGAUUCCCGCCCAAUACCAACAACAAGUUGCUUCACUUCACGCCAGCCAUGUAGCUUUAAAAUACAACAAGAAAUCCUCUCGUGCGUCCGAGGACCUGGAUAGUGACGAUGAAGCAAAUGAUGAAUUCAAGGAUGAGCGCGACUCCAAGGUGGUCAAAGCCAAUGUCAACUCCCUAAGAGCGGAUCUCUUACUGAAAUCAGGUCUUGGCAUGGCCAGAAACAAGGUGGAGCUUCACUUCUAUGAAAGCAAGAUUCGGGUCAAUGGCAAGAAGCUGCAAAAGAAGAGUGUUCAGCUUGAUGUGGGAGAUGAAAUUGAUGUAAUACGUGGUUUCAGUCAAACGAAUCCCUCUCAUUUGGUAAUCUCGCGUGUUGUCAUACUAUCCGCCAACGAUCGAGAGGAGGGACUUAGUGUGCAUCUACGUCGCUUUAAAUCACUGCUCAUUGAGAACUAUCGUGGACCGAAUGCCUAUAAGUCAUCGGAGCCCGCAACGCACUAAAACUAUUACAAUGGAAAAUACAAACACAGAGAGGCUUAGAUUUCUUUAUAAACUUGA